AUGUGGCUUGGGAUCUCCAAUUCCAAGCAAGGAGAAGGACAAGGAGCAGUGGUCGCCAUGCUUGGCCUCUGCGCCAUAUCCAUAUCCAUGUCGAUGCUGCCUCUCGCCGCACCUACCAUCCACCACGAAGGAGGCGCUCAAGGCGGAGGGGUGAACCCAAACCCAGCCAACGCGCUGGUGGCGCUGGUGAACGCCGACCGGGCAGCCGCCAAGCUACCCGCCCUCCGCACCACCAAGGGCCUCGGCUGCAUGGCGCUGCAGUGCAUCGCCCGCUGCCUCGCCCUCUCCCCCGCCACCGCCUGCGCCGCCGACGGCACGCUGGCGCCGCCCUGCCACCCGCCGGAGACCGACAUCACCGAGGUCUACGCCGCCAAUUGCGGGGUCGAGCUGCCCACGGUGGACGUCGUGUCCGGCCGCAUCCUCGGCUGCAGCAGCCAAAGCUCCGACGGCGUCAGCGGGGACGCGCUCCACAUGGCCAACGCCACCGUGGUCCGCGGCAGGGAGCACGCGCAGGUGGGCGCCGGCGUCGACCGCGGCGGCUUCUGGUGCCUCCUCUUCAGCAGCGGCAGCCCCAACUCCAGCUUCCAGCUGGAGGCCGCCGGCAGGGGCAUCGCCCAGCAGCACGGCUGCUUCAGCGACCCCGACGUCACCCUCUCCUGCACCACCUCCGCCGGCCACCACCAAACCGGACGACUCUCCGCCGGAGACACAUCCUUUGCCUUGGUUGCUUCCACUCUGCUUUUUCUCCUCCAGUCCAGUCUAGUCUAG